AGGUGGAGACAUAGAUAUGGAAGAGAGAAAUGAUCAUGCUGAGAAACUGGAUGAAGUUUUGCUACCAGGGUUCAGGUUUCAUCCAACUGAUGAGGAACUUGUUGGGUUCUACCUCAAGAGAAAGAUUCAGCAGAGACCUCUUUCCAUUGAGCUCAUCAAGCAACUUGAUAUCUACAAAUAUGACCCUUGGGAUCUUCCAAAGUUGGCCUCAACAGGAGAGAAAGAGUGGUAUUUCUACUGUCCUAGGGACAGAAAAUACAGAAACAGUGCAAGGCCUAAUAGGGUAACUGGAGCUGGGUUCUGGAAAGCUACAGGAACUGACAGACCCAUCUACUCCUCAGAAGGUUCCAAGUGCAUUGGCCUGAAGAAAUCCCUAGUUUUUUACAAAGGCAGAGCUGCCAAAGGAGUCAAAACUGACUGGAUGAUGCAUGAGUUCAGGCUACCUUCUCUCACUGACCCAAUGUCCCAAAAGAAGUACAUAGAUAAAACCAUUCCAGCUAAUGAAUCUUGGGCAAUCUGCAGGAUAUUUAAGAAAACCAACUCUACAGCACAGAGAGCUCUGUCUCACUCUUGGAUCUCUUCCCUACCUGAAACAAGAACCUCUGAUAUGCUAACUAAAGAACAAGAAAGCACCCAGUUUUAUUCACCCAACAUGCCACUGACAAAGAAAACUAGCUUAUUAGCCAGUCAGUUUUGCACUAACAACAAUGAUGGCCAAGACUUAACCACUGCUAGUAGUACUUUUUGUCCUUUAGAUAAUGUUGCCUCUUAUAAAUCCCUUCUUAACCCUUUGAUGCACAAAGCCUUUGACCAUUUUCCCCUAUCAAAUGGAGAUCUCAACACUGGCUUGAUAUUCUCAUCAUCUCCACUUGAAACAAUAUCUAAUGCUAAUGCCAAAUCUUCAAUGGAUGUUUCUUCCAUGUUGUUGAACAUGUCAUCCUCAGUGCUUGGAGAUUUUAGCAACAACACUCCUCAUGAGGACACAACUACAAGCUUCAAUGGUGGGUUGCAACUGCAAGACCACUGUCAUGACUACCUAAUGCAAGCCACAUUUGGGAACCAAUAUGAUAAUAAUGCAUUAGUGAAGGUUCCUAAUGUGAAUAUUGUGCCUCGUUUUGGUGACCAAGAGUUGGAGACAGUACGAUCCAUUGGGUUCCCAUUCAGUAUUGGUGAUGCAUGGAAGUCAAAUAUGCUUUGGGAUACUUCCUCUAAUUGUCCUUGUGAUGUUCCCUUGAGUCAUUCCACAACCAAGUGCUAUACUUAGUUAGUCCCUUUUACACAGAUUAGAAGCCCUUGUUUUUGUAGCUUCUAGUGGGAAUGAAGUAGCUAGCGAUGACUCUGACUUCUUAACUUAGAUUUCUGUUCAAUUUAAAUUAGUGUGGUUCACAUUUUCAAAUUUUUACACUAUCCUCACAUUAGAGUGGUUUGAGUUUCUCUACUCUUCCCAUUUAAAUAUGAGGACUGUGAGGAUAGUGUAAAAAUUUGGAAAUUGAAAUUGUUAGUUUCCUUUGAAUUAACAUGCAGGAAUUUUUUUUGUUUUGUUUUGUUGAUCAGUUUGAAAUUAAACAUUUUGUAACUUGAUGCAAUAUGUGAACUCAAAUGUCUAUGCAUGGAAAAGAAGAAAUGCGAGAGUUUCAAAACGAGA